AUGAUCGAAUCAAUAUACUUUUUCUGGUGCUUGAAUCAGAAUUUGUUGAAAUAAUUGAUUUAAGAUUUUGGGCAUUGGCAAACAUUUCAGGAGAUAAUUUAUAAUUUAGAGAUAUAAUUUAUUAUAGAUUCUUAAUAUUUUUAAAUCAUUUAACAAUCUGAAAACAAAUAAUUAUAAUCCCUGCUUUGA